GGAAGAGAAAAUGUGAUUUAAAUAGUAGAUAAAAACAAAAGCAUUUGAACCUCUAAAAAAUGAAAAGAAUUUGAACCUCUGAGUGGUGGGAAAAGUACAAGAGGAAAUGGAUUGGAUCUUAAUUUGGAGAUGACGAAAGGAAGAGGGCCCCACAGAACCCUAAGUUGUGUCGUGUGUGUCGUGAAUCGUGAUUUGACAUGAAGAGGAGAGAGAGACACACAGAAAUAUUAGAGGAUCAUAAAAUUUGCCAAUUCUCACAAAUUAAGCGCCAAAUCUCAUUCAGGAUGAGCACCUCCACCGCCGCCAAGAAAACCAAACGCCUCCACAAAAAGUCCAUCUCCGCCCCCAACGGAACCAUUCAGCCACCCGAUGAUGGCGGAGAAAGGACGGUUAGGAAGCUGCGGUUGUCCAAGGCUCUCACCAUCCCCGACGGCACCACCGUUUACGACGCCUGCAGGCGCAUGGCGGCUCGCCGAAUCGACGCCGUUUUGCUCACUGAUUCCAAUGCUCUGCUUUCCGGAAUUCUCACUGACAAGGACGUUGCUACUAGAGUCGUCGCCGAGGGGCUCAGGCCGGAGGAGACCACGGUGUCCAAAGUAAUGACGCGGAAUCCCACUUUUGUGACGUCGGAUACGCUCGCUCUUGAUGCGGUUCAGAAGAUGCUCCAGGGUAAAUUCAGACACCUCCCUGUUGUGGAAAAUGGAGAAGUCAUUGCCAUGCUGGAUAUCACCAGAUGUCUUUAUGAUGCCAUAUCAAGGGUGGAGAAAGCUACUCAACAGGGGAGUGCUGUUGCUGCAGCAGUUGAGGGAGUGGAACUCCAGCAGGCUAGUAAUGUAUCUGCUCCAAUUACUUUCAUUGAAACAUUGAGGGAGCGCAUGUUCAAACCUUCCCUGUCAACCAUAGUCGGUGAAAAUACAAAGGUUGCUAUUGCAUCAGUAUCAGAUUCUGUCUAUGUAGCUGCAAAAAAGAUGCGGGAGUUGUAUGUAAGUUCAGCUGUGAUUGUGACGGACAACAAGAUUCAGGGGAUACUCACUUCAAAAGACAUCCUUAUGCGCGUGGUGGCUCAAAAUCUCUCCCCAGACUCGGCUCUUACAGAAAAGGUGAUGACUCCAAACCCAGAAUGUGCAUCUCUAGAGACAACAGUUCUUGAUGCGCUGCAUAUGAUGCACAAUGGGAAGUUUUUACAUCUUCCUGUGGUGGACAGAGAUGGAAAUGUUAUUGCUUGUCCGGAUGUUUUGCAGAUAACUCAUGCUGCAAUUUCUCUGGUUGAAAGUAGCUCUGGAACAUCUAAUGAUGCGACAAACACAGUUAUGCAAAAAUUUUGGGACUCAGCUUUUGCUCUAGAGCCUCCCGAAGAUUGUGACACCCAUAGUGAAGCUUCUGGACUGCUAACUUUGGACGGGGCAGAUACCACGAAGUCUACAUAUCAAUCUGUAGGUUUUGGAAAUUCAUUUGCUUUUAAAUUUGAGGAUCCCAAUGGUCGUGUCCAUCGAUUCUACUGUGGUGCUGAAAAUCAAGAGGAGCUUCUAUCUGCUGUCAUACAAAUAAUUGGUGAUGUUAAUGGUGGAGAACGCCCUACAAUGCUGUAUAAGGACGAUGAUGGUGAUAAAAUUAUUAUCGCGACUGAUAACGAUCUUGCGGCUGCUGUCAGCUAUGCUAGGUCUGCAGGACUGAAGGCUUUAAAAUUGGAUUUGGAAUUUGCCAAUUCAACGACACCAACAAAAUCACCAGCUGGUUCGGAAAGUAUACAGAAAACGAGUGUAUUGUCUCUCCGUUGUGGUAUUUUUGCAGGUGUUGUUGUUCUAACGAGCAUUGGCGUAUUGGUAUACUUAAAGCGCUCUAAACAGUAAUGUUUGCCAGCUUGAAAACAAAACAUUCUAUAAUCUUAGAGUCUCGUGGUUAAUGACGGACACGGAAUAGGUUGAUGGUGUGGAGGUUCUCUAGUCACUGAUGUAAUUAGAACCAAAGAUUUAGUCCUGGCAUACAAUGCUCUGAUCCUCAAAUUCUUCUCUAUUUAUUAAGGUACCUGUAAUUCCUUAUAUAUAGACUUUUUCCAUGAAGCAUUUAGUCAUUUAUCUUAUUUUUAA